UUGAGCCUUGAGCGGUUAGUGAAAAAGUCGUCACUGUAGCGAGUGAGAGGUCCGCCCUCCUCUCUUCUCUCUCUCUCUCUCCCGUGGCUGACUUACUCUCAGUCACCUUAAGAACAAGCCCAGGCGUGAGUGACCAGCCCAGGCGUGAGUAACGUGAGUGACCAGCCCAGACGUGAGUAACGUGAGUGACCAAAAAAAAAACAUUAGAAAAUAUGACCUUUUCAAUUAACGAUAAAAACCAAACAGAAUGCAGAAAUAUAUUGAACAAAAAGUAACACAAAAGGCCAACCAAAAGAACAGAAUAAUACCAGAACGAAGAACAAAUAGAAAUAGGCAAUACUGAGACAGUCCAAGACUCAGACGCGAGAACUCUGGCUUGAUAUAAACAUGGAUUACGGGUUAUUCAUGCCCGUGCCACCUCUUGUGGUGACUAAAGCUUCAUCAAUCAAUCAUCGUAAACAAUGAGGAACUUAAAGUGAGACGCUAUACCCAGCGCUCAGGCGUGUUGUUCAGGUUCUGCUAUCAGCAAAUUUACUGAUGUUGCUGUUGACCCAAGGGAAAUGAUUCAAGGUCACGUGAUGGCUCAGGCUUAGUGCUGACGAACCUGCCACAACGUGCACACCCAAGCAACCUUCCUAACCUAAUCCAACCAAUGUAUAGAAAUCGUGGAUAUAUGAUAUACAAGGAAGAAUAACUGAAGACCUCUGCUACCCACUACCACCCACCUAAGGAUUACCCAACUUCCACCACCACUAUCACCCACCUAGCCACCACCACUACCACCCACCUAGCCACCACCACUACCCACUGCCUCACCACUGUGGUGCAUGCUAAGGGGGUCCACUUACAAUGCUGUUCUCACCCGCGCCACUGUUUCCUGUGGUUGGUCCACCUGAAGCAAAGCAAGAAGUUCUCAAUCAACUUCGUGUACCCUCAGAGUUUCGCCUACCCCAAUGGCAGCCACCACCACUGCAGCUGCUGCGUCUACUACAGUAGGAGCUGAUGGUACUCGAACCCCUGUCUCACCGAUGCUUGUGUCGAUUUCACCAGCCACCACCACCACCACCACUCCUAAUCUCACCACAACCACUAUAACCACCUCCAAUCACAACAACAACCGCACCCCAACAACCAGGACCACCCAAGCAAACACCACUACCACUACUACUAACACCAGUUCCGGAACCAUCCGGCCCCCCACCACCAUCGCUACACGUACACCCACUACCGCUACCACCUCCUCACGUACACCCACCACCCCUACCACCUCCACACGUACACCCACCACCCCUACCACCUCCACACGCACACCCACCACCCCUACCACCUCCUCACGUACACCCACCACCCCUACAACCACCACCACGCGCACCACCAACACUACCACCACCACUACCACCAGUACUACACACCUCUCCCCGUGGUCAGGUUCCACCACCUCUUCCACUCACAAGAAAAACACAUAUGAUUCCAGACUUGUAGUGCUUGGAGCCCCAGCAGUCGGGAAAUCUGCUCUGGUGGUUCGACUCCUGACUGGGCGGUUCAUCUGGGAGUACGACCCGACGCUGGAGGCCGCCUACCGUCACCACACGACCAUAGACGACGACCCAGCCGUCAUGCACAUCUACGACACCGCUGGUCAGGAGGAGGGCUUGGUCAACGAGGGCCACGCUCGCUGGGGCGACGGCUUCCUCCUGGCCUUCAGCAUCACAGACAGACGCAGCUUCGCGGCCAUCACCAGCAUCCACGCCGCCGUGGCCGCGGCCAGACACACACCCAACUUCUCCUGCGUUAUCGUCGCCAACAAGAACGAUUUAGGUCACCUGGCGGAGGUGAGCGAAGAGGAGGCGAAUGAAUUAGCAGGAGAGCUCGGUGCUUCGCUCUUUCUGACGUCCGCGUGUGACGGAGGUCCCACUAUCCAGGCCGCCUUCUUCGAGCUUCACAGGGACGUGGUGCGGCGACGGUGGUCACGCCGAAGACGCUCUUCUGCAAAGACCGUCAUUGAGGGCUUCUACAAGAUGUUUUCCCGUUGACACCGCCGGCAACCCUGGCUGUGUUUUCAUGUGUACACGGCGGAACAUUUUGGUCAGAUGUACCACCGAGAAACAGAGGUUCAAAAUAUAUUUUCUACAAGGUGUACUCCCCCUCAGGCACAAUGGGCGAUGUGAUAUACCGUCUAUAGUUAUUUUAUUGUGACAAAUCUACAGCCCAUAUUGUAUUGCAAAUUAUACAGCUAUCAAUCGUGCAUUUGCAAAUUGUACAAACAAUAAUUACACACUAAAAGUUUUCUUUCCCCAUAUUAAAAAAGAAUCUGUCGAUAAUCCCGUUUACAAAAUGUGUACCUGUAUAAGUGUAAGAUGUUCUACCUGUGCCUAUGUCUCAACUUGCAAGAUGUGCCACCUGUUCCUGUGAGAUGUACUACCUGUACUUGCAAGAUGUAUCACCUCUACCUGAACUUGCAAGAUGUAUCACCUCUACCUGAACUUGCAAGAUGUAUCACCUCUACCUGAACUUGCAAGCUGUAUCACCAGUUACCAUUACAGUCGAGCGUAACACUGCGCACGACCCGCCAAGCAUCUUGUUGCAAAAGGCAAUAUCUUAAGACAUACCUGAUAAAACCCACCAGUUAAGACAGACGUAACUCCUUAUGAGCCCAUAAGACCCACCAAUAGUGAGAAUCUACAAAACCCACCAAUUGUAGUUAGAAAUCCAAAGUACUCCUGGUAUUAACUAUAUAUCUUCUGGUACUCCUAAGAGUUGGUCCCAAUAGUAACUCCUCCCCAAAACCCCUGUAAGAGUACCUUUAAAGUAUUGUAAACUGUACCUUUAAAGUACAGGAAAAAUACAAGUAAGACAAGAUGUAUUUUAUAUCUUGUUUCAAAAUACAAUACAAGAUACAGCUCCCACAGUUAGAGGGAGUAAAGCCCAUCAAUCAUACGAACUAAACUCAGAGUUACGACGUGUUAAAGUACGGCUAGAAACUAAUAAGUGUUCCUCAUCUAUAUAGAGAAAAAAGCUAAAGCUAUAGAGAGAAUAAAGCUAUGUUGACUAGACCACACACUAGAAGGUGAAGGGACGACGACGUUUCGGUCCGUCCUGGACCAUUCACAAUCGACUUGAGAAUGGUCCAGGACGGACCGAAACGUCGUUGUCCCUUCACCUUAGAGUGUGUGUUGUCUGGUCAACAUACUUUAGCCACGUUAUUGUGACUCAUCGCCUGCAGAAUAAAGCUAUAGAGAAAGUAGCAGGAAAGUACAUGCACAAACCACCAAUCACUCUUGACUUCCUGUUCAUUACCAAGUGUUGACAAUGUCCGAUAUAUGAAAGACCUGACUUGUAAUUUACAACUUUUGGGUAUGUUUAAUAAUAAUAAUAAAAAUAAUAAAAAUAAAAA